AUGAAAGAUCCGGUAUCCACAAAUUUGUUUGUCUGCGCAGCCAUUUCCGUUGCAGUGGCAGCUCUGCUGUUACUCCUACUACUCCACAAUUUUCUUAUCUUGAAAAACAAAACGAACUCAAGGCGGUUACCACCGGGUCCUCCUUGUUGGCCAUUGAUCGGAAACCGCUUAAAUGUAGGUUAUGACUGUAAGGUGCCACACAAAAGAUUGGUUGAAAUUCAAAUGAAAUAUGGACCAAUUUUCAUGAUGCGUAUGGGCGCGCUGAAUACGCUAGUUAUUGCUUCCGCAGAUGCUGCUAUGGAGUUACUCAAAACUCAUCAUCAAGCUUUUAUCAAUCGUCAUCUUGUCCAAAGGCUGCAACCAGUGGAUGAUAAAAAAUUUAAGGCGACUGCAUGGGCUCCAUAUGGUGGACCAAUCUGGCGAAUCAGUAGGCGACUAUAUGCAACUUUAUUCUCUCGUACGACAAUGAAUAACACUGUAGGUAAACGAAGACAACUUGUAGAUCAGAUGAUACAAUGGAUAUCGGUAGAAGAGAAGGAAGGUAGAAGUGUUGAAAUAAAACACUUGACUUUGGUGGCUUUUGUUAAUUUAUUGGGAAAUCUCUUCUUUUCUAAAUAUGUUAUGGAUCUUAAAUCCGCCACUGGGAGUGAACUCUAUCAACUGCUUGGGGAGAUUGUACAGUUAUCUUCAAAGCUUAAUGUAGCUGAUCUCUUUCCAUGGUUACGAAAUUUAGACUCGCAGAAUAUGGCCAACAGAAUGAAAAAGGCACUAUAUGCAUUUGAAAACAUUGUUGAUGGCCUAGCUAAGGAGCGAAAGCGCAUGCAUGUUGUACGCAAUAACAACGAGGAGAAGGAUUAUUGGGAUUUGUUGAUGGACUUCGAAGGCAAUGGCAAAGAUGAACCAAUAAAACUGUCAGACAGAUACAUAAUUUCUUUUAUAACGGUGAGUAAAUUCAUAAACUUGAACAAUUAA